AUGGAUCGUUCUUGUUCUUGCGGAGCUCGUUUAUUUAGAGCGUCUAGUUUUCGACGAUUAGCAUCACCGGUAUUUCGUAUGUUUAUGUCGAUACGUGUAUUGAAAACGCUUCCGUCGCACACGAAAGUUUGUAAUAAAUGUCGCCAGUCAUAUGCGUAUUGGAAAAGAUGUAAUCCGGAAUUUACAAAUAUUUUCGACCGGAUCGAAGAAGAGUUUGUUGGAAAUGGUGAAUCAGAGGAUGAUCAGAUAGAAGAUAUAGAUAUAAAUGUUUGCUCUGCGGUAAGAAAUUUAUCAGACAAAGAAUGUCAAACUAUAGAACAGGAUGAUGGAACGCCGAGUAUUACGUUGCUACUUAAUUGUACAGUUUGCUCUCAUAAAACGUGUUGUAUUUGUCGGGCUCAUACUGAUGGUUCGUCAAAGACCGUAGCAGUUGAAGAUCGAAAUAUGAUUUUUCUAACGAAAAAUGUUAUGAGACGUAAAGGCUCAAGGUGUUGUGGUGAACAUUUAGAGGAUGGUCUUCUGGGUUUAUUAUUCGAAUUACCAGUUAAACGAGCUGUAUCUCGAGUUAUUGAAAGUGCUCGUAAAGCACUAUUGGAAAGUUUUGUUCCCGAUCACCUUGGAUUUUCUAUAUUAAUCGUCGUCAGAUAA